GAAAGUUUUUUUUACAAUAAAAACGAAAACUGACGUGUGUGUGCGUAAAUAAUUUCUUAAAACGCGGACGUAGUAAUUUCAUUUUUUUAAUUAACAUUAUUUAUUAAAAAGAAAUCAAAGAAAUUAAUAAUAUUUUAGUUUAUUACAUAAAAAAGGACAAAUCAAAUCAAACAAAAUGAGUAACGAAGCAGAAGAUCAUCAACAAGACAAUGGCACAUCAUCGUCAAAUUCGACAACACCACCACCAACACCCCAACCAACAGCUAAUGUACCCGCCAAAAUGAUUGAACACUUCAAGGCAAAUAAAGUUGAUGGUGCCAUGUGGUUGUUGCGUUUGCUUGGCAUUGUUUUUGCCAUUGGCUAUGUGUUGCCCAUAUUUGGCAAUCAACAAAGUGCUUUUAACAAAGUCUUACUCUCAAAUGCUGCGGUCUCGGCGUUGCGUUUGCAUCAGCGUUUACCCUCCUUUACCUUCUCACGUGAAUUUUUGGCACGUUUGUUUGUUGAGGACUCAUGUCAUUAUCUAAUGUAUUCAUUGAUAUUCUUUAAUGUUCAACCAACACUAUUGAUAUUGGUACCCAUAGUAUUGUUUGCUGUAUUACAUGCCUCCAGUUAUUCAUUGAAAUUGUUGGAUAUUAUUGGUCAAAAUUCCUGGUGGGGUGCACGUUUCUUAAUCUCUUUGGUUGAAUUUCAGGCAGCUAAUAUUUUGAAAGCAGCUUCUUUCUCCGAAAUCUUUAUUAUGCCCUUGGCUGUGAUAUUGACUUUUAUGGGAAGAGCUGGCCUUAUGACUCCCAUUGUCUACUAUCAUUUCCUUGUCAUGCGUUACAGUUCUCGUCGUAAUCCCUAUACCCGCAAUGCUUUUGCUGAAUUACGCAUGACCGCCGAAAGUUUAGCUGCUCGCUCACCUCCCGUUGUGGGGAAAGUGGUUCGCGGUGGCAUUGCUUUUGUCACUCGUUUAGCUCCCGCACCCCAACCAGCCCCAGCGCAAUAAACCUAAAUCAUUAAAUAUUUUUUAUACAUCCCUUAUGUGAAACAUAGUGUAUUUUAGAAAUAUGAAUUAUUCAUUCUUUUUUGGAUUAACCUUUGAUGAACAAGUUUUUACAUUAAUCUUUGAAUAAUAAUUUUUACAUUGUUUUGUAGUAAAACAUCAUCUGUACUUCCUUUUCUUUAUAUAUUUCACUAUUUAUGGUUGUUUCUAAAACUCUUCUUUCCUUUUCAUACAUUCUUCUAUGAUUUGAUCAAGCAACACUCUCGGUUUCUUUGAAAUAAAUCUUGAAAUAUGUAUUUAAUUAUAAAUGAAUUGUUUUAUGUUGAAAAUUUCUUUCUGGCAUUGAGCGUUAAAAGUCAUUUUGUUGUGAAUUUUCUAUAAUUAUGUAUUUUAAAAAAUCUUGAGAGGUAUUAUUAAUUCUUUUUUUCAUUAUAUAAUAAUUAUAUUUAGUUACCAAGUAAUUGUAUUGAAUUUUAAUUGAAAACUAAUUUUAACGAAAAAGAAAAAUAAGACCUAUUAAUAAUUUAUUGACCUUAUUUCGAAAUAAAAUUUUUGUCGUGGGAACAGUUUAAAAGUAAAAAAAUAA